CGUUGAAAUUUCCCGGUUUUCCGUUAAUUCAAAAAAAACAGUAAUAUUUCAUCAAACUCUUCAUGUUGAAUUCAUUUUUAGUACGGUGAGCACUAUCAAAUCCUUUGAAAAUGGAGGAGAAUCAGACAAUGAAAAUUCAAAGAAUGCUAUUACAGUUAGAUGAACAACAUAAAAUCCUUGGUGAUUCAAUGAAAAAAAAUAGGGAAGUAAAAAGAAAUAUUACUUUAUACAAACAUCUUAAGUCGUUCAAGGAAAUGAACGAAGCUUACUAUGUAGGGGUAGCAAUUUCUCAAGAUCCAAUAGAAAUUGAAAAAAUGUUUGGCUUUAGAAUUAAUCCAAAAAAAACCCAAAAUGGCUCAUUUCUUUUAGUUUGUUUGAUUUUACCAAAAAUUUUACAGACUGCGAUGGUUGAACUUGGCUUCCAUAUAAAUGUGAGUGUUCAAAUCUCUAGAAAAAGAUUAUGCAGAACACUGCCAGUCGAUGGAAGUAGUCCUAUUAAGGUGGUCUUGCCCUGGACAGAGUUCCCAAUCAAUUCUGAAUUAGAUAUUUCUUUUUUUGGAAAAGUGGAGACUAUAAAUAUUGUCUUUAGAACUCGAAAAAUAGUAUUGAAUAUGCCCCUAUUUUUGAAGUCUGUAAAACAUAUGGAACAAAACCGCAAGUAUAGAAACUACAAAGAUGACCUAAUGGAAAUAAGCAGACAGUAUAUUAUUCAUAAAAAAUGUCUUUACAAUGAAUAUAACUCUAAAUAUGCAAUAAUUGUUCCUAAAAAUUUUAAGUUAGUAGAUGUUUUAAGGAGAUCUUUUCCCCACCAUCUUAUAGGUAUGUCAGAUUCAAUGAUAGAAGAAGGAAUCUUUCAUAUUUUGAGAGAUACCAGUAUGGUUUCGCAGGUUGCCAUAGUUAAAGAGAAUAGGUGGGUGGAAAUUCAUUCUGAUAUAUAUAAUUUGUGGAAAAUGAAGCAAUAUUACAUUGAUGAGAAUUAUAAUAAUGGGCCGCUUGAAGUAUUGGCAAUAAAACAAUUUCUUGGAACCACAUAUCCAAAUCUCAAUAGGGGUAAUCCAUUAGAAGUGUAUUAUUCCUUGCGUGACUUAUGGAAAAUUAAUUUUGAAAGCUAAUAAUAGCAAUAAGUCGAAAUUUUCAAUUGCUCAAUUACUGUGUUGGAUUGAAAAUGGAAAUACUGGUGAUAUUAAUUGGAAAAUUGAGUUAUAUUUAUUAGUGAUAAGUACAUUUGAAUUUAUUUUCUCUUUUUCAAAGUUAUUGUUAUAUUCAUAUUGAAAUAAAAAAUAAAUUUCUGAAA